AUGUUGUGCAAAAGAAGUUUAAUUUCAGAACAAGUGAUAAUAUGUGAAGGUAAGCAUGCGAAUAUAAGUUGCACAGAGGGUAGGUUUAUUGCGAUUCGACUGGCGAAUUAUGGUCGUUUCACGAUCACUCAGUGUAAUCCAACGUUUAACACUGAGUUGAGUACAACAUGUCAGAAUGAUAAAACUCUUGGAAUUUUGCAAUUAGAAUGUAAUGGGAAAUCAGAGUGCGAUUUUGAAGUGAGUAAUGAAUACUUUGGUGAUGCGUGCCCGAAGACAUCAAAGUAUUUGGAUAUGCAGUACGAUUGUACAUUAACUGCUGUAGCUGCACCAACAACAAAAGGUUCAAUAAUGGAUGAAAACGGAUUGCCAGAUGCUUCUGUGCGAGAAUUGCCGAAUGGAGAUGAUCUCAGUGAUGCUCGGGAUAGUGAUAUUAACGGAAAUGAUGCCACUUAUCAUGCUCAUGCAAUAAGUGUACCGAACGACCUCGAUAGCAAGUCAUCCGAACAACACUUAACAGCACACUGUGAAGCCAUAUCGUCACGUUACAUCGACUGGCCGAAGACCGAAGUUGGUAAGUUGGCACGAAUGGGAUGUCCAAUCGGUUCGAGUGGUUAUGCUGAAUGGAAAUGUGAACUCGACGGCAAGUGGAAUAAACGUGGCGCUGAUUUGUCAAGAUGUGUUUCUUCAUGGUCUCUGAGAAUUAGCGAAGACGCAGAGCUAGCAGAAGAUAUAGUUGAUCGUAUUGAAACAUUACGAGAAAUUCAACAAAUGACGAGGAAAGAGGAAUUAUUGGGCGGUGAUUUAAUUGUGCUUUCGAAGGCGAUCAACCAGUCGAUUCCGCUGAACUUCGAUGAUUCAGCUAAUGCUGAUUUGUCGAUGGAGUUAGUUGUUGAAAGUGUGAACAAUAUGGCGAAAACAUCACAAGAAUCAGCCUGGAAUGAUUUGAGUAUAAUGAAGAGUCGUCGAGUGAUAAGUUCUUUGAUGGAUAAUAUCAAUAAAAUAGCUUGUGCUGUUAGUGUAUUGACCACUUCUGAUACAACCAGAACUAUUAUCAAACCAAAUAUUGAGGUACAAAUAUCGAAUGUGAAAAUACACGAGUAUGUAACAUUUCCAAGUAUGAGCCUUUACAAGAAGAAUUUGGAUACAAUCGAUGUGCCAAAAGAAGCUUUGUCACUUCGGAACACUGUGAACGUUUAUGCAAAAGUGGUAUACUCAAUGUAUUCAGCAAUGGCUUCUCAUAUGAAGCCAUUAUUGUUAUUGCCAAACGGCAACAGAACCAACAAUCCUGAAUUGAAUCAGAAAUUGAACAAGAAUAGUGUAAAUAAUAAUGGUGGUAAUGACAAUAAUAAUAAUAAUGCUGUUAUAAUUGAUCGUUUAAUUGUUAGUAAUAUUAUUUCGGCAUCAAUUAUUAACAAAAAUAAUCGUAUACAAUCAAUCAGUCGACUCAGUAAACCCGUUGUGCUCACAUUCAAAACCAAAUUGUCAGAUGGGCAUUUGGUUGCAUUAACGUUCAUCACGUACAGCGGGUGUACACUUUCGAUUCUGUGUCUUCUUCUGUCGUUUAUUGCAUUCUCUUGCAUUGCAUCUCAGUCCGGCACGGAUCGUUUGAUAAUCCACGCAAAUCUGUCACUUUCACUGUUAUGCGCCGAGUGCAUAUUCUUGUUUGGUAUUUGGCAAACUCAAAAUAAGAUACAAUGUGGUAUUAUUGCGGCUCUGUUGCAUUAUUUAUUUCUGUGUGCGUUCUCGUGGAUGUUGCUUGAGGGUUUUGAGUUGUAUUAUAUGCUUAUUGAAGUGUUUCAAUCUCGUCGUUCAAAGAAGCAUUACUUCUACUUAUUUGGUUAUGGGUGUCCAGCAUUGGUGGUUAGUAUAGCACUUUGGAUGGAUCCGUAUAGUUAUGGAACGGAGCGAUAUUGCUGGCUCCGUGCAGAUAAUUACUUCAUUGUAUCCAGUUGGUUGCGGGGCUCAAUUGCAUUGGUAUUUUUACUCGGUUUAACAUGGACAUUCGGGUUGUUAUGGAUUGAUGAGCGGUCAACAGUAAUGGCAUAUGCUUUCACUAUUCUGAACUCUCUUCAAGGACUAUUCAUAUUUUUAUUUCACGUCGUUUUUAAUGAUCGAUGGGCGAAACGGAGAGCAUCAUCGCUGCCGGAUUGUAUACGUGAACAAACUUCAACAUCUGCCACUUCAUCAAAUCUCCAACGUUCCUCACCAUACACACGUACACAGCAGCAAGCACUCAAUUCGAACUCGUCCAAUACGGCUGUCACUUCGGAACUUUUGAGGCAAACAAGAGUAGUGAGUGGCAAGGCUGCAGAGUAUUCGCCACUAAUGGCGAGUAUAAGAGCUGGCUUCUCGUAUGAUCCAAGAGGAAAAGGUUCGUUAGUUGUUGAUUAG